AUGGCCCAAGUUGAAACUUACAAAUUCCAAGCCGAAAUCAAUCAAUUGAUGAGCUUGAUUAUUAAUACAUUCUACAGCAAUAAGGAAGUCUUUUUGAGAGAGUUGAUUUCCAAUGCUUCAGAUGCUUUGGAUAAGAUUCGUUAUAUGAGUUUGACUGAACCUUCAGUUUUGGAUACUGAAAAGGAAUUGUGCAUUCAUUUAAUUCCUGAUAAGGUAAACAAGACAUUGACAAUUAGAGAUACAGGUUGUGGUAUGGCCAAGCACGAUUUAAUUAAUUGCUUGGGAACUGUUGCAAGAUCUGGAACUAAACAAUUUAUGGAAAUGCUUCAAGCUGGUGCUGAUGUUUCCUUAAUUGGUCAAUUUGGUGUUGGUUUCUAUUCUGCUUACCUUGUUGCUGAUCGAGUUGUUGUCACAACUAAACACAAUGAUGAUGAACAAUACAUUUGGGAAUCAUCUGCUGGUGGCAGUUUUACAAUUACUUUGGAUGAAAGUGGUGAAAAAUUGUCACGUGGAACCAAGAUUGUUCUUCACAUGAAAGACGAUCAAUUAGAAUAUUUGGAAGAAAGAAAGUUGAAGGAUUUGGUAAAGAAGCACUCUGAAUUUAUUGGUUAUCCAAUCUCUUUACAAGUUGAAAAGACUGAAGAGAAGGAAGUUGAUGAAGAUGACUCCAUGUCAGAUGAUGAAAAGAAGGACGAAGACAAGAAGGAAGAUGGUCCAAAGAUUGAAGAAGUCAAGGAAGUAGAUGACAAGAAAAAGAAGAAGGUUAAAGAAGUCAAGAAAGAGCUCGAAUUGUUGAAUAAGAACAAGCCAUUGUGGACUCGUGAUCCAAAGACUGUCACUAAGGAAGAAUAUUCCAGUUUCUACAAGGCAUUGACAAAUGAUUGGGAAGAACAUUUGGCUGUCAAGCACUUUUCAGUUGAAGGCAACUUUGAAUUCAAGAGUUUGUUGUUCACACCCAAGAGAGCUCCAUUCGAUCUAUUCGAACCAAAGAAGAAACUCAACAAUAUCAAACUCUAUGUUAGAAAGGUCUUUAUUAUGGAUAAUUGUGAAGAGUUGAUUCCAGAAUAUUUGAAUUUUGUGAAGGGUAUUGUUGACUCUGAAGAUUUGCCAUUGAAUAUUUCCCGUGAACACUUGCAACAAAACAAGAUUAUGAAAGUUAUUAGAAAGAAUUUAGUCAAGAAGUGUAUUGAAAUGUUCACUGAACUUGCUGAGAAUAAGGAAGAUUUCAAGACUUUCUAUGAAGCAUUUGGAAAGAAUUUGAAAUUGGGUAUUCAUGAAGAUUCUCAAAAUAGACAAAAGUUGGCCGAGUUAUUGAGAUUCCACUCCUCUCAAACUAAAGGUGAAGAUUGGACCAGCCUCAAGGAAUAUAUUGAACGUAUGAAGGAAGGUCAAGAAUUUAUCUAUUACAUUACUGGUGAAAGCAGAAAGGCAGUUGCUAGCUCACCAUUCAUUGAAAAGUGCACCAAGAAGGGAGUUGAAGUCUUGUACAUGACUGAUCCAAUUGAUGAAUACAUGGUUCAACAAUUGAAAGAAUUCGAAGGCAAGAAAUUAGUGUGUGUAACAAAGGAAGGAUUGAAAUUGCCAGAAACUGAAGAAGAAAAGAAGAAGAAGGAAGAAUUGAAGGCCUCAUUCGAAGCAUUGUGCAAGUUGAUGAAGGAUAUUUUGGGAGAUAGAGUUGAAAAGGUUGUUGUUUCUGAUAGACUUGGUGAUUCUCCAUGUUGUUUGGUUACUGGUGAAUAUGGUUGGAGUGCAAAUAUGGAAAGAAUCAUGAAAGCUCAAGCUUUGAAGGACAAUUCUAUGGCCUCCUACAUGGUUUCAAAGAAAACAAUGGAAAUUAAUCCAGAAAAUUCUAUUGUCAAUGAAUUGAGAAAGAAGGCUGAAGCUAAUAAGGCUGACAAGACUGUCAGAGAUUUGGUUUGGUUGUUAUUCGAAACUGCCUUAUUGACUUCUGGUUUCAGUAUGGAAGAACCUCAUACUUAUGCUUCCAGAAUUCACAGAAUGAUCAAACUUGGUUUGAGUAUUGAUGAAGAAGAUCUUGCCUCUGAAAAGACUGAAACAACAAGCCAAGAAAAUAAGGUUGAAGAAAGUCCAGCUGCUGAAUCCUUAAUGGAAGAUGUUGAUUAA